AUGUCCGGUGUCGGAUGUCCGGGCUCGGAAGCCCAGUCUGGGAAGCCCGACCUCGGAAACCUGUUGUCCUCAGAAGCCAAAAUCCUGUGGCCGGCCGACCUGCUAUGGAUGCAAUUCCUGAGUGAACACAGCCUGUCGGCCGACCCGCUGUGUAUGCAGAUUUCUGAUGUCGGCCGGGCGGACAGGAUUGCAUUGUAUGACCAUCGGCCGACCCAGCAGGAUUGUGUCGGCCGCUCCGGGAACAAUGCAAGCAUCACCUGCUGGAUAAUCCGGGGGGAUAAUGGCACCUUGUCGGCCGCCCAGGCGGAUUUUGAUUGUUUGAUGCCUCGGCCGACCGGACAACAAAGCCGAGUCAGACCGUCGGCCGACGUCGGGUGGCCGGGCAACAAUAGCGAUCCAGACUGGGCCAGCGUUGUGGAUAUGUGGCAAAACCCAUUCAAUGCGCUCUUGGUGGUGACAAACCGCGCAAGCCCGGUUCAUCGCGACAAGAUGACUCCUCUGAAUGUCUACAACAUUUUGAUGACCAUCAGGGGUGAUCGCGAGCAGGUCAUCCAGUUCCCGACAUUGCAUCUCAGGCUUCCCUAUCACAGUGGUACAGUGACACAUAUUUUAUGCAACGGAAUGUACAUCGCUGGGCAAAUGUGCCUUCUGCCGGUUGGCACAGCACUGGAGAAUGAGCAGGACUGGGAGGCGGGGGGUGUCGUUAGGCACGGGAAAUGGCUGGAAAUUUGGCACUCCGUAGCUAUACGUUUCCGGGUUCGACCGGGGAAACACAGGCACAACUCGGUAACAUCAACAUCGCAGUGGUGCAGCAACACAACAUUAACAUAUCAGUACAUGACAGUCUCAUAUGAUACCACAUUGGACACUACUUCGGCGCAGACGCAGUGGCCGGGGCCCUUGGAGUCUCACCGCACUGCCAUGCUUCCAACUCGGCGGCAUUCGCUCGUGUGGCAGCAUGCCAAAAGUUCAGCUCGGCCUGGAUAUAAAUAUCCAUGA